GCCAGAAUCGCCUUGGGUCGGGUCGCAAAGAUGGCGUCCUCCGCCUCGGCUCGGCCUUCGUCCGGAAAGCGAGUGGUGAGUCAAGAUGAACUGCGGCGGUUGAUGAAGGAGAAGCAGCGUCUGAGCACCAACAGGAAACGCAUAGAAUCUCCAUUUGCGAAGUACAACCGUUUGGGGCAGCUGAGUUGUGCCCUGUGUAACACCCCGGUGAAGAGCGAGCUCCUGUGGCAGACUCACGUCCUGGGAAAGCAGCACCGCGAGAAAGUGGCCGAGCUGAAAGGCGCGAAGGAAGCCAGCCAGGGGCCGUCCGCCAGCGCAGUGCCUCAGUCGGCCAAGAGGAAGGCGCCGGACGCAGACAGCCACGAUGCCAAAAGAGCGAAGGCGCCCCAGGUGCCUCAGGUGCAGCCUUCCACGUCCGCCGUGCUCACCAGCGUCGACAAAGCAGGAAAGGAGUCCACCAGAGCGACCCUCGGUAAGGCUCCAGGACUCGGUUUACUCCCCGAUUAUGAAGAUGAGGAAGAGGAGGAGGAGGAGGGAGGAGAAAGACCAGAGGGAGACGCCAGCAGGCAGCCGCCCGAUCCACCGGGCAAGGAACACUCACUGUCGUCCUCGCGGGAGGCAACAAGUAGUGUGCUGCCAGGCGAUUUCUCGAAUACAAACCCUCCCAAGGCCCCUUUAGUUCCUCACUCAGGGUCCAUUGAGAAAGCAGAAAUACAUGAGAAAAUAGUGGAAAGGAGAGAAAACACUGCGGAAGCAUUACCGGAAGGCUUUUUUGACGACCCUGAGAUAGAUGCGAGGGUACGAAAGGUUGAUGCCCCAAAGGAUCAGAUGGACAAAGAGUGGGACGAAUUUCAAAAAGCCAUGAGACAGGUCAACACUAUUUCCGAAGCCAUAGUUGCUGAAGAGGAUGAGGAGGGACGGUUGGACCGGCAGAUUGGGGAGAUUGAUGAGCAGAUAGAGUGUUACCGUCGGGUGGAAAAUCUGCGGAACCGCCAGGAUGAAAUAAAAAAUAAGCUUAAAGAGGUCCUGACGAUAAAGGAACUGCAGAAAAAGGAAGAGGAGAAUGUUGACAGCGACGAUGAGGGAGAACUGCAGGAUUUGUUGUCUCAGGAUUGGAGGGUGAAAGGGGCUUUGUUAUAGGGUUUCGAGGACCCAAUGUUUCUAAUACCCGGCCAUUGUAUUAAAAAGUGCUGUCUCUCCAUAUGAUACAGGUUACUCCAUAUCUGGAGGUUUGAUAACCUGACUAGGUUGUUGCAGUACAAUAUGAGCCUGUGAAAAUAGCACUUUGGAAAAUCGGUGUAAAAUAUUUUUUAAGUAUUACAUACUAAAAUACCAACUUUUUCACACUUUACGGAUUUAAAUGUAUAAUUUGAAGUUGGAAAAUCUGUAAGCUGUAAAUAUUGUACAGAGUUAAAUAUAUAUAUUUACUUAAGUAAUUCUGUUUUCAGACUUACAAAUUAAUAGAAGACCAACAGACAGGCUUUAAGAUGAAUACCAAGUGUGUUGAGAUGUAUAUGCCUUUUUCUUUUCUGACCCCCUAGAUCAAACUCAAGAGGGUGGGGGAACUUUGGGUUUUUGUUUUUAAGAACACUACUCACAGAUUUGUAAGCCAUUCAGAAUUAAUCGGUUCUCUGUAUUCUGUUUGUUUCAAACACAUGUUGGAGAACAUGUUGAAAAAUAUAUGCCAAACAUGACCAGCCUCCUUAACCCAAAGUUUCUCUCUCGAUUAAAAUAAUGAUUCUUGGAUGUAGGUGCACAUGACGAUCACCUGUGAAGCUUUUGAAACGAUGCACGUCAGUUAGAGCAUCGGCCAGUGGACUAGAGAG